AUGGCGGCGACUAUGGAUAUGAUAUACUCGGCUACCUACAGCAGUGUCCCGGUGUACGAGCUCAAGAUCGACGGUGACAGUGUGAUGAGACGAAGGGGAGAUGAUUGGAUCAACGCAACACAUAUUCUGAAGGCGGCCGGUUUUGACAAGCCUGCGAGAACUCGGAUUCUGGAACGAGAAGUCCAAAAGGGAGUUCAUGAGAAGGUGCAGGGUGGCUAUGGAAAAUAUCAGGGAACAUGGAUCCCUCUACCUGAAGGUCGCCAACUUGCAGAGCGUAACAAUAUCUUCGUGAAAAUUGCCCCCAUCUUCGACUACGUGGCGGGAGAUCGCAGCCCGCCCCCAGCCCCGAAACACUCUUCAGCUCCAUCAAAGCCGAGGGCACCACGCAAAUCCACCAAUCGAUCAGCAGCAACCGAAAUAUUCAAUGUGGUUCAACCCAAUCGCAGCAUGGGCCCACCAACCUUGCCCCAGGAACAGCAGCAAUAUGAGAUAAACAACCAAUUCGAUGACAACGAGUCUAUUGAGCAAGCGAGUAUGGAAACUUCAUCCAUGAUUGCGGAUGAAGAUAUGCUGCAGAUGUCUCAGCAUGGAGGACGGAAGCGCAAGCGCGGAAUGAACGAGGCAACAGUGAUGUCCAUCAGUGAGCAAGAGCAUAUCAUCUAUGGUGAUCAGCUCCUCGACUAUUUUAUGACCGUGGGAGAUGCUCCUCAGGCUACACGAAUUCACCCUCCAAAGCCCCCCCGAUAA